CCCUGACCUUUCUCAACUCGCACUGCCUCAGACGGCCACCAAGCAGCUGAGGAGAGAGCAGCCAGACGGACCCAUCAUGUCCGACAAACCAGAUUUUGCAGAAAUUGAAACAUUUGAUAAGACCAAGCUGAAGAAGACAGAAACCAGAGAGAAAAAUCCACUGCCCACUAAAGAAACUAUUGAACAGGAAAAGCAAAGUGAAAGUACAGCCUGAGCAUAAAAUUGAAGAUGUGACUGCUGCUUCUUCAGUGGGGUUUUGGCUUCCAAGUAGAGUUGUUUUGUUCCCCACACCAUGUUUGUUGCCUACUGAUUUUAGCAAAUAUUCGCCCAUUUCACAUUCCCUGGGGAAUAAGUUUGUUUUUUGUUUGUGUUAUAUAGAUAUAAAUAAGAUAAUUAUUUGUGUUUGCAUUCUUAAAACUGUAACUUCAAGUUCUGUGGCAACCCUGUUACUUGCCAAAAAAAAGCACGAUUUGUAUGAAAAUCGUUUUCCUAAACCUCACAAUAAACAGGUUUAUUCUGCUCAGCUGUG